CGUCAGUAAUGACUCUACUUCUAAUGACAACACUGCUGGUCUCAGGUCUGGUCAGUCUCUCCUCCUCUGUGCCACGUCAGUUCCAUGUGGUGAAGGAGCAGAAGAGCUGGACAGAAGCUCAGCAGUACUGCAGAGAGAAGUUCACUGACCUCGCCACCAUAGACGACAUGACAGAGAUGGAGAAGGUGAAGAGCUUGAUCCAUGAAGCAGGUGCUGGAAAUGCUUGGAUUGGGCUGAAGAGGGGAGACUGGCAGUGGUCUCUGGCUGACAGGGAUUUCUACGGAGAGAAUGAAGCAGAGUUCAGGAACUGGGCUCCAGGCCAACCCAAUGGAGGUGUUCAAGAGUGUGUGGCUAUAAGGGGAAAAUUGUAUGACAACUUAUGUAGCACGACCCUUCCCUUCAUCGGCUAUGAUGGGGGAAACUCCACACAUCCCUAUGUGCUGGUUACUGAGGAGAAGACCUGGGCAGAUGCUCAGAGAUACUGCAGAGAGAACCACACAGACCUGGCCAGUGUGAGGAAUCAGGCAGAGAAUGACCAGAUAGAGCAAGUUAGAGGAGCUAAAGAAGCCUGGAUUGGCCUGUUCAGAGCUGCCUGGUCAGACGGCAGCAGUUCCUCAUUCCGCCACUGGGGCGCUGGAGAACCAGAUAAUCAGGGUGUGGCGUGCACUGAAAUUGAGCCCAGUGGUCAGUGGAAAGACACAGGCUGUCAGCAUCGUGAUGGUAGUCACUUCAUCUGCUAUGAAGACUCCAAAGAGGUGAAGAGGCAGAUUGUGAGAGUGGAGAUUAAGGUAGCUUCUCAUGUGAACAUCCAUGACCCUGCCGUGCAGCAGGCCUUCCUACAGCAGAUUCAGCAGAGACUGAGGGACAGUGGGAUGCCAGCAGACGCCAAACUGACCUGGAGGAGGCAACCGGAUGGAAAGAUCUUCAAAGAGAAGGAGGAGAAGAAAGAAGAGGGGAGGAAGAGAACUGAGCUCUAAACACUCUGCUGUUGUUCAUGUGACGUAUGAAGUGUGUAAACUGGGAUAUGUACACACUGACGGCACACACAGGGCAGUAAACUGAGUGCUCAGCACAUCUAGUUUGUACUUUCAAACACACAAAAAAGUCUCAGCUGUAAUAAUCCUGUUUAAUCAUUUGUGUUCUGCGUCACUUCCUUUGUGUCCACCAUGACACCCCAACAUAAGCACUUAAACUCAAAAUUAUAAACACGUCCACCUGAAAGAAGGAACCAUUUUGGCUCCUCAUUUCAUUACCCGUCUUGGGCUACUGUAUUUUCCGAUCAACUUUUGCAUUUUAGGGUGCAUUUUAGGGUGCCUUUUACGAUCUGGCUAGGGACAACAGCUGGGAAAGUAGAUGUUAUUCUAAGUCAUAUGUUGACGACUCCUAUGUUUGUGUGUGGAUAUUUGAUUUUGAAUCUAUGGUCUAUGAAAAGGAAAAAGAGAUGCUUUAUUAAAGAUAACAAAAAAGUCCUGCUGUUUAUGGCGCUCCACUGUUCAGGUCAAUUCCCCACUAGUGGUGCCCACCUCACACUUUGAGAACCACUGCAUUACAUUCAUUCAUUUUCAUAACUCCAUUACUGUAACCGGCCAAUCCUGCUGUAAACUCUUAUCAGUUCUGUCUUUUGGGUCCAAUCUAUCAAAUGUUCAUGGGAUUUGUUUUAAAAACUUUGGACACAGCCCUGCACAGCAUUCCCGGAGUUAUAGCUACCUGUGACUAAUCACUAAUUAGCCUGCCGACAGUAUAUACACACUUUGCGCUCCUCACCUCGACGUGAGGGAUUGUUAUUUUGUGACUCUACUAAGCCUGAGAGACAAACUUCAACUCUGAACUUAUUGUUUUCCACCUUUUUGCCUGUUUUUUGACGACCCUUUUGAUCUUGCUAUUGGAU